AUGACGGAGGGCGGCGGCCAGCCGCAGAGACUCGUUCGAUGCAGGAGGGUAGCGCUGAGCGGCAUGCUGCUGCUCGUGGCAUGGCUUGGUGCUGACCGGGCGUUUGCGUGGCCGAAUCGGCCGAUGAACCGCAGCAACACCCGGAAGGGCGUGAAGAGCAAGCAAGCCCUCAUAGCGAACCUGCAGGACCCCGACUGCCCCGCCAGCAAAGCUCGGUGGUCGAUAAAACUGAUGAAGAAGCGCGGCCUCUUCGUCACCAGCUGGGAGUACGUGUGCGCCAUGAAGAAGAUGACCCAGGUAAAGUGCUCGCAAGAAGCCUUGUCAUUGUGGCGGAGGAUGAAAGUCAGAGGCUUAGAAGAGACUCCCGCCACGUACACUGCCGCCAUCGUCGCCUACAACACCAUGGGUUGGUGGCAGAAGGCGGUGGAGACGCUGGACGAGAUGCAGGAGUACAACAUGGCACCACUCCGCAUUGGUGCAGAGCAUGCACUCAUGGCCUGCGAGCAGGGCGCGAAAUGGGAGAAGGCGCUCUACCUCCUAGACCAGCUCUGGGAGUACAGUAUCGUGCCUAACGAGGACAACUACAUGCCGGCUAUCCGAGCCUGUGAGAACGCCGGCAAGUUCGAGGUGGGUGACGAUCUUUUUUGGAAGAUGAGGCAGCACACCAAGCUCAUGAACGUCGCCGAGGAAGUGGGCGUGAACCCUGAGCGGGAGCCCCCGAAGGCGAAGCCGGCGCUUUGGCGGAUACCGGGGUCCGUUGACCCGAAGGCGUACGACCCGCCGAACUUGACCGCGACUUUCGCGAGAAGGGCCAUGAUUUCGAAGAGGAAGAAGAGGGAGGCUCCACAACUGCCGCCUGGGCGACCCAAGGUGUGGGGUUGA